AUGCACGGUUUUCUGUCAUUCAAGGGGCCCGAGAAUAUUGCUGACUUGCUGAAGGACCAUUCUGCGUUCGCUGGCAUCACAACCUACGGGCUGCUGCCUCACCUUCCCUGCCUUCAAGACGAAUCCGUUGCUUUCGACAUUGCCACUGUUGGUAUCCCUUUUGACAGUGGUGUGACCUACCGCCCAGGAGCUCGGUUCGGCCCUUCGGCUAUCAGACAAGCCUCUCGACAUCUGACUCUAGCACCUCAAAGAGUGAAUCCUCUGAAGUUUUGGGGACAAGCCCUCGACUGUGGCGACAUUCAAGCUUCGCCCCAUGACAAGGAAAUCGCGAUGAAAGACAUCGGAAAGGGAUACACGAGCCUGCUUCGGCACUCAGCCUACACGAAAUCGCCGGCCGAGUCGAACGGUCUGAAAACGGUUCCUCGACUUCUUACUCUAGGUGGUGACCACACAAUUCUGCUGCCGAUUCUCCGAAGCAUAAACAAAGUGUACGGGCCCGUCAGCGUCAUUCACUUCGAUUCCCAUCUGGAUUCGUGGAACCCAACGCAAGGAGCGCCAUCUGAUGCCGCACAAAUCACACACGGGAGCUUCUUUUACUGGGCAAACGAGGAAGGGUUGAUUUCCAACUCGAGCAAUAUGCAUGCUGGCCUUCGCACGACCCUUUCAGGGCUUGAAGACUAUGAUGAGGACGAGCUGUGCGGGUUCGCACGCAUUGAGGCUCGUGAGAUUGACGACAUUGGCACACGCGGCAUUAUCAAGAAGAUCAUCGAGCGUGUCGGCACCGACAAGCCGGUAUACUUGUCCAUCGACAUUGACACUCUCGAUCCUGCCUUCGCUCCGGCAACCGGAACUUGA